AGCACUCUAUGCACUGGAUGCAAACAUGUAUCCUAUAUGAGAAAUCAAUCUUUCACAAAAGAAGGGUAUCAAUAAAAGUAAUACCUACAAGUUGCAUCUUCUCAUUUGUUUUUUUUGUUUGCAUGUUUGAGGGGAAAUAAAAUGCGUUCGAAAAGGAUAAAGUUCAGAGUUGUGAUUGUGUUUGGGAUUAUAUAUUUCGUUAGUUUUUGGCUAUUAACAAUUGGAUAUUUCACCCCCUAUUGGGUACUUAUACAUCUUGUAGACGGUAAAUACGACAAUGAAUGGUAUCGUACCCAACACCAAAUUUUUUAUGCUAGGAAUUAUGCGCCUUGGAACAGCUACCUUCACGAGAAAUGCUAUAGUAUGGGAGUAGUGACACGAAGCUGUGAUAGUAAAACCUUUGACUGGUUCAUGGAAAAUAAUGUUGACUACACAUCCACAGUCUUGGGAAUCUCCUUUAAACUGAUGACAGCCGCAAUUGUUGUGGUGUAUACCAAUGCCAGUUUACUCGUCACAGCAGUUGUAUUUGACUUGUUCCAAAAUUCAUUAUACAUGUCUUUCUUGUCCAUCUCAUUUGGGGUAUUCUAUCCCACUGCAGGUAAAUAGACAAAUAAAUAAAUAAAAAAUAUUUCAAAAUCAUUUUUGCUUACAUAAUGAUAACCUGCUUGGUAAAUAAGGAAAUGACAUGUAUUCUUAGA